UGCAAAUUGGAACGAAUCAAAUACGCUCCUUUUCUGCGACCUUUGGAUAGAACAAUGUAUGAUAGGCAACUGUCCACAUGGUAAAAUGAAGACUAAACGAUACCGCAAAAUAAUUAGGGAGUACAGGCACAAGACUGGCUUCAACCAUGAUUUGAAGCAGAUGCAGAAUGAGUCAAGGAAACUCAAAAGAUUUCACUACUUAAUUCUUGCAUUGGCUAACCAAUCGGGGGUUUCAGAACUUCCUGGUGGUGGGUACUCUAUCCCCGACCAUGUGUGGAAUAGACUGCAUAAGCUGAAUCAGGGCCUCCUGAUCCGGUUUCUGAGGCUCUUGCUGACUUGUUUGGAAGUGACGAUGAAGUAAUUCCGGUCAUGAAGGAACUCUUGGAGGAAAGCGAGAGGAAGAGGCAAAUCAUGCACCAGGCGUUACUACUGGGUAUGUACUAUUACACGUAUUUGAAAAAAAAACCGUCAGGUAGCCAAAGAAAGUGGAAUUGAGUGGGUAGAGAAGACAUUACACAAUGAAACAUCUUGCUACAACAUGUUUAGGAUGAAUCCUCCAGUAUUUGAGAUGCUUCAUGAUGUAUUGGUCCAAUCUUAUGGGUUACUGUCAACAAGUAGGAUGUCAUCUAGAGAGGCCUUAGGAAUGUUCCUGUGGAUGAUUGGGCCACCUGAACCUGUUAGGUAAGCUGAGGACAAAUUUACACGGUCAAUGGAGACGAUAAGCCGGAAAUUUGAGCAUGUGUUAGAGUGUGUUUGCAACCUAGCUAAAGAUAUCAUCCGACCAAGUGACCCUAAUUUCAGUACAAUACAUCCCAAGAUAGCAGACCACAAGUAUGCUCCUUUCUUCAACAAUGCAAUUGGAGCAAUCGAUGGAACACAUGUCAAAGUGAUCGUGCCCGGCAAGAAGGUUGGACCAUAUUUCAAUAGGAGCAAGGAGAAGAGUCAGAAUCUGCUGGCAAUAUAUGACUUCGACAGGAGGUUCACGUUUGUCGCAGCUGGGAUUCCUGGUUCGGCACAUGAUUGGACUGUCCUACAAGAGGUGAUGCAGAGGUACAGUGACAAUUUUCCUCGUCCUCCCCCAGGCAAGUUUUACCUGGUGGACUCGGGAUACCCGAACCGCUCGGGAUAUCUAGCACCUUACAAGGGAGUGAGGUACCAUCAAGAUGACUGGAAACAGGCCCCACGAGCUCGAGGUAAAAAAGAAAUCUUCAACCAAGCUCAUUCCUCAAUUCGGUCGGUAAUAGAGCGAUCCUUCGGUGUGUUAAAGAUGAAGUGGCACAUAUUGUUGGGUCUCCCUCACUAUUCUGAGCGCAAACAGACACAAAUCAUAUUGGCUUGUUGUGGGCUGCAUAACUUCAUUAUAGAGAAUGACAGUGAUGAUGUAGACUUCAAUAGGGAUGAGCCAGAGGUGGCAUUGCCAGAACCGGAUGAAAAUGAUGAUGAACCAGAGGAGUACGGUACAGCAGCGCCAGUGGAUGAAGAUGGCAACAUGAAUGCACUGCGUGAUGAAAUAGCUGCCGCGUGCCUCUUGGCUUCACGUUUGUGACAUUUGUUUGUUAUGUUUGUCAUGUUUGUCUCCAUUUCUUGAAUAUGUCAAUAAUGAUCGGUGUGCAUGUGUGGACAUUUUUUUAUUACCGCAAUAAUGAUGUGUGUGCAUGACUGUAUUGUACAAUAAUGUAGUUGUGACAUCUCUGUACUGUAAUGUAAAUAUUAUGAU